AUGAUUCAAACGGGCAACCUCAAUGGGAUCUUGUUUCCAACGUCAAACCUUGGAAAGUUGAGAACUGAAUUUUUUGAUGAUUUCCAGACAGCAUUAAAUUUCAAAGAAACGUUGGAAGGAUGGAAUUGUUGUACGAUGUACUGGUUGCGACGUGUUGCAUAUGAUCGCGCUCCAAAAGGAUACCGAACUUUAUCGACAUAUUUAUUGUCAGCAGUUUGGCAUGGCUUCUUUUUGGGUUAUUAUGUCACUUUCUUGACUGGCGCUUUGUUCACUGUUUCUGCACGAACGGUACGUCGUUGCUUACGUUGGCGCUUUCAAAGGAAUCAAUUUUUGCAGCGCUUUUAUGACAUCCUUACACUGGUUAUGACCAAAAUUGCUCUGUCUUAUGCAGCAUAUCCGUUUGUUAUGAUGCACCUUGGUCCUGGUUUAUAUUUUUACAGUCGUCUUUAUUUUUGCUUGCAUAUUAUUGCUUCCCUUGCUUUGAUUGUCCUGCCACGAAUGCUGUCUCCACAGUCAAAAUCAGCUCAAGGCAAGAAUGACUGUAGUGUGAAAAAAUUAUCAUAA